AUGUGCUUUAUUGGGAAUGAUCCAGUGAGAGUCUUGAGCUUCAGUGGAAGCAGAACAUAUGACCUGUGCGAGAAACAAGCCGCAACUCAUGUCUCUUUGGAGCAGGAGUUUGACCGGGAUCUUUCCCAGCUGUGGAGGGAGUUGGAGGAGCGGGUCGUCUCAGUGGCGAAUAGAGGGAUGGUGCCCAUCACCUUCCAGCCCUCCCAAUGCUGCCUGAACAGUCAGACGGACAACCUCAGAUACCCCCUCGCCGUAGUGGAGGGCGAGAAACAAGCCGCAACUCAUGUCUCUUUGGAGCAGGAGUUUGACCGGGAUCUUUCCCAGCUGUGGAGGGAGUUGGAGGAGCGGGUCGUCUCAGUGGCGAAUAGAGGGAUGGUGCCCAUCACCUUCCAGCCCUCCCAAUGCUGCCUGAACAGUCAGACGGACAACCUCAGAUACCCCCUCGCCGUAGUGGAGGAGCCCAUCAUUGUGGAGGUGGUUUUCCGUAACCCCCUGAAGGUUCCUUUGGCUUUGUCGGCUCUGUCUCUGCUGUGGAAGUUUACUCUGAAAGGCUUCUCUGACCCUCAGGGCGGCGCAACCGGAGAAACCGUCAGCAAUGAGAAAGAAACCACGGCCCUCAAUGACAUCAUUGAUACGCAAGUCAUUCCAGAGUUCACCAUAAGUCCAGAGGAGACCAAAGUGGCCCGUUUGAAGUUGCUUCCUCAUAAGACCGGAGAGUUGCAUGUUCUUGGUGUGGUGUACAACCUGGGCACUGGAGAAGUGGGCAACAGUGAAGGCUCGCUGGCCGAGGAUCUGAUGUGUGUUCGUGGACAGCAGAAUCUGGAGAUCCAGGGACCCAGACUCAAUAUGACCAAAGAAGAAAAGACUUCUGUCAGAUAUGGACCAGACCGCCGCCUGGACCCCAUUAUCACUCCACCUAUGCCCUUACUGGAGGUGUUUUUCAUUAACUUCCCCACUGGUUUAUUGUGUGGUGAGAUCCGAAAAGCGUGGGUGGAGUUUGUAAAUGUGAGUGCAGCCCCUCUCACUGGUCUUCGGGUGGGGUCCACACACCCAGAGUUCUUCACAUUUGGCAGUGCCGCCUCUGACCUCACCCCAGUGACCCCCACAGCAGCAGAGCACUGUUCCGCAUACAAGACUGUGGCCAUGCCCCCAUCAGUGGCGACUGUGUCACCAGCAGCGUUCGGGGUCACCAGCGGUGAUCAGUUGGUGGUGACGGAGAUUCCCUUAUCACGAGGUGUGUUGGGACCUGGGGAGGCGUUACAGAUCCCACUGUGGCUCAGGGGGCCUGACCAAGAGGGUGUCCAUGAAAUCAACUUCCUCUUUUACUAUGAGAUUACUGUCAAACUCAGUCACAGGGUCCUUCGACACACUGCUUUCAUCUGCGCAAGCCGCUCUCUCAGCGUCAGAGCCAUGGCCAGCCGCAGCAACACACUGCACGGCAGAGAGAGAGAGACAGAAGAACAGCAAGAAGCAGAGGAGAAAAACGGCAGCAUGUUGGUCUUUGUGGAUGUGGAGAACAUUAACACAAGUGAAGCAGGUGUUCGUGAGUUCCACAUAGUUCAGGUGUCCAGCAGCAGUCGGCAGUGGAGGCUGCAUAAGUGCAUCAACCCUGUGGGAGAUAAAGACUCUAAGCUGGCCAGCAGGGAGAGAGGGAAGCUGUGCUUCAAAGCCACCAGAUGCAGAAUGGAGGAAGCUACUUCAGAUGCAGCAGAAAAAUACACCUUUGCCGACCUCAACCUUGGCAACGAACAAAUUGUCAGCUCUACCACUCCGUGUGCUGACUUUUUCUUCCGGAGGGGUCUGCAUUCUGAAGCCAGGAGAGGUGGCGUGUCCGCAGGCGGUGCUAGUCAAAUGCAGAGAAAGAGCCUCACGCCACAGAGCGGGACUGAUGACGGUGGGACAAGUAUUGUCAAAAAAUGCAGCGAAGUAGAGCUUGACAUCAUCGUCCUUUGGAAGGCAUAUGUUGUGGAGGACAACAAACAGCUGAUUUUAGAGGGGCAGCUUCAUGUUGCACUGCAAACCAUUGGCAAAGAGUCCUGCUCACUCUCGCAGAAAGAGGAAACUCAGGAAAUGGUGCUUCUGAAGUUCAAGCCUGACGUUCCUCCCCCUGUAAGCAAGCCCUCGCUGGAACAGCUUUCCCACCUCAUAAAGACCUGUCUCCACUACCCAGAGUCUUAUGAUCAUCCCUUCCCACAAAAGAGUUUAUGUACGGUUCCAGUCACCCUGACGUUGUCCAACUGUUCCUUGGCUCAGGUAGACGUCAUUGUUGAUCUGCGGCAUAAAACGACCAGCCCGGAGUCACUGGAAGUGCAUGGGUCUUUUAGCUGGCUGGGCCAGACCCAAUAUAAGUUGCAGCUCCAGGCUCAAGAGGUGUACAGGCUUUUCUUGAAAGCUUGUUUCUUCCAGGCUGGAGUUUAUAAUUUGGGCACACCCCGUGUCUUCGCCAAGUUGGCACAGACCAGCGCUAUGUGUGAGACCAGCCAGCAGAGCGCCAUGCCUGCCCUCAUUAUCAUCAACAGCAUUUGAGUAACUCCGCAACGUCGAUCCAACCUUUCUUCAAAGUUCUUGGCCCACCUAAAUAAAUGAAAUGGACUGGAAUCCAAGAUUUUUCUACUACUUGCUAAAACAAAAUCUAAUUGAGAGAGAUAAGUAAUUAAAAAGACUUGAACACAUGUUUCAAAUUAACACUGCAUCUGAUGUACUUGUAUGGUCUGCAAUGGUGAGCUAAACACAAACAGACUUUAGAUGUUUUGUCUUAAAUGCACCUGAAGCGUGACUGGAUCUGUUUUGUUUUUUUUCCCAUGUUAAUUUAUCUCUCAUGUCAACCAUGUAUCUUUUGAAGAAUUUUGCUUUUGUUUUAUGAAAUCUUUUUGUUUUUAGAACUAAUUUUUUCAAGAUCCCAAACAUGUGGUAAUGUAAAUGGCUAUGCAUCUCUGCCUCAUACUGCCCUGCCGGCUAUCUCACGGUUGUCCACUGUGCUCUGUUGCCACAGUAACAAAAAAAUAACACCAUCUUAAAACCAGAAGAUGAAACGCAACACUGUAACCUGAUGAGCUGCGGUUGAUACCAUUGCAGCUGUUGAAAGGACAACAUAUUUCUGCCUUGUUCAGGCAGGCUGCAGAUGUGGCGUUAAAUUGAACUUAAUAUCACCUUGAGAAAAGCCAGUGGAAUUGGUGAAGUCCAACAAGGAGCCAUCUUAAUGUUCGUGCCCCAGUGAGGAAAUGGCCGAAUCCAUGUUGCCCAGUCAAACAGCAUAGACUUUUAAGGACCUGUAAGGACACCAAAAGGGGUAAAAGUCAGUCUGAGGGCAUAUUUCUGUUUGUGCGUCUUUGUGUGGGUGGACUGUGCUGUUUUCUCCGGAGAUGUUUAAUUUUCUACAAACCAAUCAUCCUCUCCCACCACCUCAGCUCUCAUUCUGUCAUCUCCACUACUAUGAUCAAACUGUUAUUUAAAUGUAUCCACAUGACUGCUUUUCUGAAAAAAAUGAUGUAUUAUAUUUAUAACAAAUUACUGUACAUAGAAUAAAAUGUAACCAGUAACCAAGAA